CGUCGGUGACGCUGCGCGAUGAGUCGGAGUUCGGCGAUAGCGUGCGUGCGUUCGACGGCACUUCGCCGUCGUGACUGACGUCAGCACGACGCUGUGUAUUCUGGUGUUCGCGAAAAAUGUGGAACGUCGCGAGUGGUUUUGUUCGUUAGUGUGGAAGACACUAUAGAGGAACGUUGACUCGUCGAAACUGAAACAUUCGAGUGGGCAUGUUGGAUACCAACGUCUGUUGUGAUACACUGCAGUGGUGGCCGCCGGCAGUGACCUUACCGGGCCAAGCUUCGUAAACGUGCCCACAAGCCGAUUCUUGAAUGACAACCAGGCUGAAGGACGGGAGGCGACAGUCAGACUCCGAGGGCCGAGGGCUUUGCGUGGGGGCGUGUUCGAUUUCAGCCGGUCACUGGAUAAUAAGAUAAGCUCCUCAAGAGAUGGAUUUAUCCUGACCCCCGCCGGGACCUACUGAAGGGGAAAAGGAGAUCCUCAGAAGUUAACGCCCUGGCGUCGAAAGCCGGAACGGCCAAGCCGCUGUCCGCGGAAAGCGUGCCGCCGCCGUUGCCGAACAACUCCACAGCCGGAACCAGAACCGGAACCGGAUCUGCAAGCGACCCAAUGGCCACGCUGCAGCUGGAACAGCUGUUUCGCGCGUGCGACACCCGCGGUACGGGAUACCUGGACCGUGAAGAGCUCCGCAAGCUUUGCCACCGGUUCAGCAUCAGUAGUCAGGACGCCGACGCCAUAUUCGAAGACCUGGACCACGAUGAAGACGGUCGCAUAGACUUCCACGACUUCGAGAAAGGAUUUCGCGACUUCCUCACGCAGCUCCCGGGAGGCGACACGCCGCCGGAACCGGAGUCGGCGGACGCUGCCGCCGCCGGCGGCGGCAACGCCUCCGCAGCCAACGCGAGUGCUCCGAGACCAUCGGAACUGCAGAAGGCGUUGCGCAGGGCCUCCACCAUCGAGUAUCGCAGGGACUCCGUGAUCAACGGCGGCGACGACAUUGCCAAGCUGUGGAACACGCAGCGAGCCUGGGGCAACCUGACCACCGAGCUUGCCAAGUCUGGGAACGUCAUCGAGGAAAGUCCGCUGACAGCCUACCAUCGGGCGUUCUUGAAUAGGUGCGUCUUGUUCGACUGCGUUUUAGAUUAG